AUGAGAUUAUGUGCGGUCAACGCAGUGCGGAAGACGCCAGAACAUUCGGGUGAAGAGAACAUGGUUGCAGAGGAAGCUAUGACACCGAAAGACAACCAUGAGACAACUGAUCCGCUACAAGUACAGUCCAACUGUCACCCAGACGGGAUCAAGUUUGAUGAUCGGGAGGUGUAUGGCUAG